AUGGAGAUUCUAGCGACGGUAACUCAGGACGUCCAAAAGUUUUUCACCAUGAAACUUCUCUGUCGGGAAUGUAAAGCUAUUACUUUGAUCCCACCGAAGACCAGACUCUGCGAACUAGCUAUGCUUCAGCAAACUUAUCAAGAGGCACUGAAGGAACGAGCCAACGUAGUCAAGAAAACAGCUUUCUUAAUCAUGUCAAAUGAUCCCUUCUUCAAGGUUGGAAUUGUGAAAAAUUUGAGAAACUUAGGAUUCACAGUAUUCACUGACUUAUUCCCGGGAAUGGAUCCACAGAAGAUGACUAGACCUAGACGUAGGAUGUAG